GGAUUUAAUACAAGUUUUUGCAUUAGUUUGGAGAUUAUUAAUUUGUCAAGAUUGUUAAAUACAUGCAGUUAUUCAUGAUGUGAACAUAAAUUAAGAUACGAAAUAAUAUAUAAGCUAUGUGAAAGUACUGUGUGACAAUAUGGAGUGGAUUCUGUUUAGAUACAUCUUGAUUCAUUCACUGUUUGUUCUAACAGCUUUCAGUGAAUAUGUUAAUUUCAAAUUUGGAAGUGAAUAUGAAUAUAAAUUUCAUUUGGAUUCCAAUUUAAAGGAUCUUGGCCGAUUCCGUGUAGAUGCAAAGGUGGGCUACACAAAUAUUGAUAACACGGACGAAUUCCAGGAAAUUUUGCUAAGAAUAUAUACCUUCACAGUGACAGCAAAUUCAGAACAUCAUCAUGGUUUGACAGAGUUUUCAAAAUGGUUUUCAUUCGAAAUUACUCGAAGAGGAGAGAUAUUGAAAGUCUACCAUCCACCUGAUGACAGCGAAGUUCUAGCCAUAAAGAAAGGAUUUGCUGCAAUAUUUUCUUCAAAACUACACAGUAAGGAAGAGAUUAAAGGCAAAUAUGUGGAUGAUAAAAGAUGGGAAUAUUUUACAGAAGAAGUUGGAAAUGAAGGUCCACAUAGUGCAAUAUACACAGCAAGAGAAACUCCAGUUGGAAUUGAGUUUAAGAAGCAACGAAAAGGGCAUGUGAUACCUAAUGCGAAAGGAACAUUAACAAAGGUUCUACAUUUUCACAAUGAACUAGGAUUCAUCCAUAAAGUAAUGAUAGAAGAGAAUUUUACCUCACCUAAAGCGCCUGACAGUUUUGAUCCACAUGAAAAUAUGAGGAAGGUCAAAGCUGACAAUGAUUUUGACAAAAUUUCAAUUCCUGAAAUGAGUGCAUUCGGUAAGGGAGAAUUGGUAUUUGUGACUAGACAUGAAGUGAAGGAGUUACAUGUCAAACCAAAGAAUGUUUCAGCUGGGAAUAUACAUGUUGAUAAGUUUGAGAGAAACAAAAAAGGACAAGUAAACGUGACUGAAAUAUUAAAGGACAUCCGGAGUAAUAUCACAUGUAUUAGAAAUCAGCCUCCACAAGGAUCACCACUUGUAAAUGAAUGUUUCUUUAGAAUUGUCAGUAUGUUGAAGUUAUUAUCAGAUGACGAAAUAAAAAAGAUUGCCAAUGAUUACUUUCAACGUCUCCAAAAUAGUAAUGAGAAGAAUUUUGAAAUCAAAGCAAUAAUGGUGGACGCUUUUGCAGUAUUAAACACAAACAACAGUCAGAAGUUGAUUGUCAAGUUAGUUAUUUUAGCACCAAAACCAGAAUACAAAUUGUUUCAGAGAUUUUUUAUCCACGUGGCAGGAAUGGAAAUGCCUCCACAUCAGAGUGUUAUAAAAGUGUUAGAAGAUAUAGUUUUUCACAACGGAACAUUUACCAACGUAUCAUUUGACAAACACAUUUACAACUCUGCUAUGUUGACUCUUGGAUCUGUAGUACACAAAUUAUCCAAAAAGGGACAGUCAAAAAUAUCUUAUGAAAUCUCCGGCAAGAUCCAUGGAAUGCUUGGAUUGCAUGAUCCUUGGGAAUAUAGGCAAAAAAGAUCUUUACAAACAGAAGAGGAAAAAAUAGAAUAUGACCAUCGCCGUGUCAUACUGCUGGAAGCUCUUGGAAAUGCAAGAAUUGAUCACUCGUAUGACUACAUUAUCUCUCAUAUCAAUUCUACUAACUCUCCGUGGAUAAAAAGGUCAGGAAUUCAUGCGCUUAGGAAAUAUGAACAUGAAUAUGCAGCAAAUGCUUUGUUAGAUGCUGCAUUAUUUGAUGAUGACCAGAAUGUUAGGUAUGAAGCCUUACUACAAUAUCGAUCUCAUCCAAAGUCAAAAGUGAUUGAACCAUUGGAUACUAGGUGUGUUGGAAAUAAUAGUGAAACAGUUGAUCCUUAUUCCUCUGAUAUUAAAGUAGUGGGUCUUCAUCUCCGAAAGAAAAGAGGAUUUUUUGAAGAUUUUAUGAAAGGAUUUAACUUUAAAAUUGAACCACCUGGUGUAGAUUUUAAAAAGAUGUUGGGUACUAAGGAUGUUGGAGCAUCGUUUGGAAUCAUUAUUAAGAACAACAUGUAUUUAAAAGUUGCUCCCCUUGGUAGCGCCUUCAAAGUUGAUAUUCACGACGAAGCAUAUGCAAAAGUACAUCUUGGUAUCAUUAAUAAAAACCUGGAUUUCCUUGUAGCAAGAUUAUGUUUUAAAGGAGAUACUUCCUACAAUUUGGACUUGUUUCAGGAUAAUGACAUGAAAAAUGUUGGUAAAAGGGCGAGCGGAUUUGGUUCCAUUAUCACUGACAUUGUAGACCCAAUAAGAUCUGCAAUUAGCCUCUUCAAGAAAAUAAUCCAGGGAACCCUAUCAAUAAAAAAUGUUUUCCAGAAUUUUGUUAGAGUAUUUGAAGAACUUCCAUUAAAGAUAGCAAACUUAAGAUCCAAUGCAAGGAAGUUGGUUGAUCAGAUUGGAUCUAUAGAUGAAAGUCAGCUUCCACCAUUUAUAAAACCAGUGAAGAAUCUUGUCGAAAAAGUUCAAAAUGUUCUUAACACAGUAAAAAGUGAUAUACUUGGAUUUUUUAAUAAAUUGAUGCAAACAAUAACAGUAACAAUACCAGACAGUGGGCGUCAAAUAUUUGAAUCUAUGAAAGAAAUCAUUGAAGGAUUUGGAAAUAUUGUAAGAGAUCCUAAGACUGCACUGGCAAAAAUUGGAAAAGGAGCUGUUCAGAUAUUUAUGUCUGUUAUGGCAUUAAUAGAAGCUAAAAAUACCAUCCAGGAAGCUUGUAACUUUGUGAAAGGAGAUCCUCCAGAAUGGUUUGAUUUAAGUAAAUAUUUUGAAGAAGUAAAAGGACUACAUGAUUCGGUGAAAAAUGUGUUGGAGAAUGAAGCUACAGAAUGGAUGCAAGAAACGUUCAUUGAAAGUGAAGACUCAGUUUACCAGCUUACUAAAGGAAAAUUCACCACGCAAACAAUGAGAAGGGACGUGGUUUCACGAUUAAGAUCGACUGUUGACGAAGUAUUAGACCCUUUCAGUAUGUUGAAUAACAUUGCGCAACCAUUCAUUGCUGCUUAUGAGUCCGUGUUUGGUAUAGUGAAGGCAGUGAAAGAUGCUUACUAUGCUUUGAAAGAUGGCUAUCAUUUAGCACUGUCUGCCAUAAACAAAAUAUUUGGAGCAAAAGCACACAAAAAGUUUCCAAGAAAGAUUAGGUUGGCUGGUAAUGGUUGUUAUCGACUAGGUACUUACCCCAGCACUGGUGGUGGUGAAUACUGGGCUACAGGCAUAGAUGUAGAGAUAAAAGUUGGGGAAGUGGUUAUUGCACCAUUUCCAGGUUCUAUAAUGCUGUCCAAAAAGAGUUCAAAUGAAAUAAUUAUCAAAGCUAAAGGCGGAUCUAUCAAAGAUAUGGAUAUCAUAAUAACAAACGUUGAACCCGACAAGGAUAUAGUGACUGAAGAUGAUCCAUCAUAUGUUGAGAAAAGGGUUGCUGCUGGUGCACCAAUUGGUAAAGCAGUUAAAUCUGAAUGCACAAACCAUAUACACUUGGCAAUGAUGAAAGACGAGGGGUUUGUUGAUCCAACAAAAUUCCUUGAAAAUAGAUUUUUCCAGUUCAAACCAUGGAAACAGUAUUGUGAUGACUAUUUAUUAGUUUGGAAGUUUGAAACAUUGUAUUCAGGCGUCAUUGUUGGAUUAGGUGGACGGAAAAAAAAUGAUACAAGCCCAGAAUUAAAGAAUGACAAGGUUGAUAAAGAGGACAUGCCAGAUGAAAGUGACUCUCCUGACAGUGGAAAAACAAAACGAGGUAAUAUGAAAGAUCUUGUACGAAAAAAAAAACGUGAUCUUGUCAUUAGGAAAUACAACAGAUCAUUUAAUAAUCCUUUGAAUAUGCUUUUGAAAAAAGCUAAUGCUUUUAUGGAAAAGUUCUCAAUCAAAAGGCUUAAAAUGGGUUCAAUAGUUAAUCUUCUGGACAAACUUGAUAUGUAUGAAAGUAAAGAGAAAAUGAGCAAAGUUUUAGAAACCGUAAAGAGAAUUAUUGACAACAGACAAUGUUUUAAUCCAAAACAAGCUACAGAUGAACAACUCAGAACAGAACUUACUGAAAGAGGAAAGAGUGCUGAUGGAACUAGAGAACAGAUGAUCACUAGGCUGCUUCAGGUGGAAAACCAGUGUCCAUUCAUGUCAAUUACUAUGCCAGACAAUGUUGUAUGUACAUUUGAUCAAAUGUGCUUGGGAGUUGAGUGUUGUAUGCAUAUUAAACUGGCAAUAUUCCGAUCAUCUAUCAGUGUAUUUGCUCGAUUAGAUCCUAAAGAAAUGAAAUUUGUCUAUGGAAUCAAUAGCCAUAAGUGGACAAUCAAGUUAGCAUCAGGAUCAAGCUUCGAUGGUGUUGAAGGAGAAAAGCCUACAGGAAUACAGUUACCAGUGUUUGGUGGUGUUGAAGUAAUUGUCAGGUACAAACUUGAUAAAACUAGUUCUGAACUGUAUGUUACACUUGGUGCAGGAUUUUGUUACCAAGGGGACUAUAAAUCUUGUCUGAUAUUUAUCAACGUAUUAGAAAAUGCUAUGUUGGCCAUUCCAAACAUUCGAACAGGAGAUAGAGUAGAAUGGCCGAACACAAACAAGAAAAAGUUCUUUGGUGAACAUUUACUGGAAGGAAAACUUAAGUCAGUAGGGAAGGAAGUUACGAAAAAAGAGAAAGAAGAAAUAACAGAGAAACUGUUUAGUAUAUUAGGCUUGCCUGAGAAGCUGAUAACCACAAAAGGACCUUGUCGAAGACCCGAUUUAAUGACAAAGAAACAGUUGAAUGAUGAGUUGCAAUCUCGAGGCUUGAGUUUAGAUGGCAGUUUAAAACAACGGCAAUCUACAUUAGAAACAGAUGAUAGAAAGUGCAAACAUCUAACUCUACCGGACAUCAGAAAUAAAAGGCUCAGAAAUCUUCUGUAUUAUUCUGUAUCACCUACCUGUUUACGAUUGGAUGCUUGCUUCAGUCCACUUAUAAAAAUCGGCAGGAAAAAGAUAAGGAAAUCAUUCAAAGCGUUCGUAGAUGUUGAUAACUGUAACUUUAUUGUGACGCUUGGAUUUGAAGGAUGGAGAAAAAGUGUAAUUUUAAUCAGUUAUGAUUGGGGAAAGAAAGAAGAACUACAUAUAACAGAUGAAAUAAAAGUAAUGUAA